UCCACCACGGCCGUUUUGUCAGUCAAAGCAGCAGCCUGCCCGCGUGUCUCCGCCUCCUGUCGCCAGCAGAGGGGAGUGCCCUGCCGCCGGACAUCCACCACUGACGGUAGCCGACUUCGUGACUUCAUCCGCGGGGGAACCACUGCGCCGCUCCUCGCUCCAAACGCACCAGACCAGCUGCGUACCACCGGCUAGCGACUCACAGCACCCCGCUUUACCCUUAGCUUCUACGCAUCAUGGAGGAGAUGGACGUGCCACAGAUGAGGAGAGAAGUGGAGAGCCUUCAGUAUCAGCGGGCCAUCACCCGAGAGAAGUGUUCUGUAACCGUCACAGAGCUGGUGAAGUGGAUUGAAGGUUGCGUGUGUGAGGACCCCUUCUUGAACCCGGAGCUGAUGCGAGCCAACCCAUGGGUGGAGAAGGGCAAAUGUGUGAUCCUCUGAUGGAGCACCAAACACCGCGCACAUAUGCACAAUAGGAACUAUACAAUCAUGCACUAAAAAGGAAAAACAUUAGGAUUAUCUUUUCAGCUAUUUAUUUAUUAGACUGUGAAUGCUUUUAUUUAUGUGUGGAUGUCCUGCAGCACUGAGUAGCUUUUAGGGGGACUGGUGUGAAGGACUGCGGAGAACUGGUCACGUUUUUAUUGGUUCUUUACACUGUCUAUCAUAAUAAAGACUGUUUUGAAUUUAA